AUGGACGCUAACCGGCCGGGCGCGUUCGUGCUGAGCAGCGCGCCGCUGGCCGCGCUGCACAACAUGGCCGAGAUGAAGACGUCGCUGUUCCCGUACGCGCUGCAGGGCCCCGCCGGCCUCAAGGCGCCCGCGCUGGGCGGCCUGGGCGCGCAGCUGCCGCUCGGCACCCCUCACGGCAUCAGCGACAUCCUGGGGCGGCCGGUGGGCGCGGCGGGCGGCGGCCUCCUGGGCGGCCUGCCCCGUCUCAACGGGCUCGCCUCGUCGGCCGGCGUCUACUUCGGGCCCGCGGCCGUGGCGCGCGGCUAUCCCAAGCCGCUGGCCGAGCUGCCCGGGCGCCCGCCCAUCUUCUGGCCCGGCGUGGUGCAGGGCUCGCCCUGGAGGGACCCGCGCCUGGCCGGCCCGGCCCAGGCCGGCGGGGUCCUGGACAAGGACGGCAAGAAGAAGCACUCCCGGCCCACGUUCUCGGGCCAGCAGAUCUUCGCGCUGGAGAAGACCUUCGAGCAGACCAAGUACCUGGCGGGCCCGGAGCGCGCGCGCCUCGCCUACUCCCUGGGCAUGACCGAGAGCCAGGUCAAGGUGUGGUUCCAGAACCGCCGGACCAAGUGGCGCAAGCGGCACGCGGCCGAGAUGGCGUCGGCCAAGAAGAAGCAGGACUCGGACGCCGAGAAGCUGAAGGUGGGCGGCUCGGACGCGGAGGACGACGACGAGUACAACCGGCCUCUGGACCCCAACUCGGACGACGAGAAGAUCACGCGGCUGCUCAAGAAGCACAAACCCGCGAACUUGGCGCUGGUCAGCCCGUGCGGCGGCGGCGCGGCGGACGCCUUGUGAGCACGGGCGCGGCCGGAGCAACCAGGGUCCCUCGCCGCCGCCCGCCGUGUGUGUAUAUAUUUUUACAGAAUAAGUUAUAAAGCGGCCGGCGCGGGCUCGGGAGGGCGCGGGGCCGCGCGUCCCGGGCGCAACCACUUUGUAUAAUCAAUAAAUUAUUUAACACGUCCCCGGCGGAGCCGCGGCUCCGGA